ACUGCCGUCCUGCCUCCGCUCAGCUCAGCUCAGCUCAGCUCUGCUCAGCUCCUCAGAGUGAUUCACAGGGACAACUGCUGCUGCUGCUGCUGCUGCUCAUGGCUCUGACGGACAGAAGCGACGAGGACAUCAGCAAGCUGCUUGCUGAGUAUGGCAUCAAACAUGGACCCAUUGUUGAGUCUACUCGGAGGCUGUAUGAGAAGAAGCUGGAAAAGGCCAUGGAGAGCGCUCCAGUGAAAGCCUCGUCUGAUAAGACCUACUACAGAGAGGAAGAGGAGGAAAUUACCUACAUCACAUAUCAGAGUCCGGUUAGACAGGAGUCUUAUGGGGACAUGCUAAGGCAAAGAAGCAACAUGGAGCCAGGUGAAGAGGAGGAAUCAGACCAUGAUACAGAGCCCCCCAUCCAGGUCACUAACAGAACAGCCAAUCACAGCGCAGUAAAAUCCAGGGAGCCUGUCAGAAAGUCUGGAGGCAGCAUGUGGAAGAUGAUCCAGCUGCUGCUGCUGUUAGCUGUGUUAGCAGCUGUCCUCUACUACGCCUACUGCCAUGUGACUAAUGUAGACAAUCCCUCUGGGGAUUCAAUGAUCUGAAUGGUGGUUAGGAGGACAGUUUUUUUUAUUCCUGAUUCCAUUUAAGGCUUAUUUUGUGUAUUAAUGUUGUAAGCCUAGUGUUGUUUUCUUAUUCCAAUACACAGUUUGACCACAUUCCAGAAACUUUUAAAAGAUGUCCACAGACUAGAUUUCUUAGUGUCACCAGAUCUCUUGAAAUGACCAAACCCAGCCGAAAUCUAGUCUGACACUGUAUUCCUCUCUGCCAUGAAGCUCCAUUGUUGUCAAAAAACUAUUAAAAACACAUCAGUAAUCUA